GCGUUUUUGGGAAAUGUGGGAUGGUUAAGACUUGAGAAUGGUCACAGAAAGUUUGCUGAUUGGCUCCUGUUUCUUAAUGCCAUUAAUAAAUUGUGCGUUUGUAUAUGUUUUCAGGUAUAUGGGACAGAUUGCUCAUCAACCCCAAGCCUAAUUCCAGAAAGAAUUCCAGUCUUCAAACAGUUCGGAUAGAGAGGAGUCCCUUAUUGGACCAGGUACAGACCUUUCUCCCACAGAUGGCUCAGGCGAAUGAAAAGCUAAGAAAAGAAAUGGCAGCUGCACCACCUGAUCAUUUCAAUAUUGAAAAUAUUGAUGAGACUCUUGGAAACAUUAUACAAAUGGACGUGGCCUUGUUUGAGAUGAAUCAGUCUGAUUCAAAAGACGAGGACAGUUCUGAAGAGAAUUCACAGGACAGUUCCGAAUCCGAGGACGAAGAUGACAGCAGCUCUUCUGAAGUCACUGUAGAUAACAUCAAGCUUCCUCAUUCAGAAGACGGAAAAGGCAAGAUAGAAGUCUUGGACAGUCCUGCCAGUAAAAAAAAGAAACAGUGAAAUAAAUUAUCCAAGCAGCAGGUGAUCUACGCCUGCUAAUUCUGUGAAAAAGAA